GGUGCUUUCUUGUCUAUUCAGCGCCAUGGCCGACAAUAUUGUGGCCGCGCGCCAUCUUGAAGAGGAUGAUCAUGAGGAUGAGCACGAGCAUCACAAUGUUGUCGUCAGCUCGGCAACCGACAUGGCCUUGGAUGAUCGCGCCUACUACACGAGCAAAGUCAACAACCUCAAGACGUACAACAAGGCAUGCAUCGAGGAUAUCGUCUGCGAUGAGCGCUGCGUGCGAUUUAUCCGCAGCUGCAACAUCCCCUGUCCGCCCGAGCUUGAAUCGCGCGCGCAUGAAGGCCUGAUUGGCGUGUACGACACGCUGCGCCAGCGCCCCAGUUACAUUUGCUUUGGAUGUUCCAAAAGCACGACCGAGCCCAUGCCCAAGCACAUUGGGCGCGAGCUCAAGAAUCUGGCCCGUCCUGUGGCGGCCAAGGUCUGCACCUGGCUUGGUGUUCCCGAUCUGACCAUGCUUGUCAAGCUCAAGGUCCCCACCAAGAAGUCACCAGGCAGUGGCUUUGUCAACCUUGCCGGGCCUGGGACGCCAAUCGAGUACCAGCCCACCAAGCGGCCCCACCUCAUGCAGGCCUCGCCCUGGAUGGCGCCACCCUUUGUACCGCAGCCCGUGCAACAGCAGGGCUCGCCCCGUCGCAACUCCAUUCCCGGCCCCAAUGAAAAUCCACCCGUCCAGGAGGCUCCCAGCACCUCAGUCGCCGAAACCAACCCGCCUGUCGUGGCCUCCAACGCCCAGCUUCCCGUCCCCAGUGCCACCGUUGUGCCACCCACCGCCAACGAGAACGUCCGCGUCAUGUAUGAGGGCGUGGUGAGCUCGAUCGAGGCCAAUGCCCAGGCCGCCCAUCAGGCCAUCGAGCACUUCAAAUCCGCCACCCUCUCAGAACUCACCUGGCUCGUCAAUAACCUCGAAGCCGCCCGCCACCAGGCUGCCCAGCAUGCCCAACAGACCCAGAUGCAGCGGCCCGAAGGCCAACAAGACGGCGCAGAACAACCAGGCCCUGUUGCCACGGCCGCCCCUCAACCCCAGGAUAGCGCCCACGCUCCCGAUGACGCUGCACAAGCCAUGUUUCCCGCCCCUCUCUCUCUCUGGUACGUUACCCGUCUCUCUCUCUCUCUCUCUCUCUCCCUCUCUCUCAGAGUGUCUCUCUCUGAGUGUGUGUGUGUCUCGCUCUCUCUCUCUCUGUCUCUGUGUGUGUGUGUAAAUGGCAGCGCGCUGAUACCCUUUGUAGCUCACCAAUCACACACCGCAAACAUGGAUGUCAAGGAGGUCUUUGAUCUGUACGAUCUGGAGGGCGACGGCUACAUCAAGUCGAACGACCUGGGCAACGUUCUGCGUGCCUUUGGCCACAACCCCUCGGAGCUGCAGCUGCAGGAGAUUCUGGCUCAGGUCGACAGUGGUUCGGGCAAGCUGGCUUUCUCCGAGGUCAACACCGCCGUCAGCCAGUUCCAAUCCGGCGCCGACUACGCCCAGGAGAUUCGCGAUGCCUUCAAAGUGUUUGACAAGGACGGCAAGGGUUCCAUCUCGGCCUCGGAGUUGCAGCACAUCAUGUGCAACCUUGGCGAGAAGAUGAGCGCUUCAGAUGUUGAGGAGAUGCUGAAAGAGGCCGGUCUGGCUGGCUCCUCGGCCAUUUCCCAGGAAGACUUUAUCCGUAUCAUGCUCGCUGCGCCCUAAAUUUGUUCCGCAUUUUCCUCAAAUGCUGCUCCACCCCGUUGCUCAGCGGUAACACUUGUGAAGCAGUUUGGAUGCGGGCCUGUUCUUGCGUGCCUGUGCUCUUUCCCGUCGAGCAAAUGAAUUGCCUCCUUUGCUCUUCUCUCUUGUUGUUGUCGUGCUCCCUCCCCUGUUCAUGAAGUCCACGCACUCUUUGUCUUUUUUUUUUUUCUUGUUUUCUUUUUGAAGGUAUCUUUUGCCUGUCGCUGUUUUGGCAUCGCUGAUGUGCCUCGUUGCCUCAUUGAGACAAGAAACAG